AAUCAUUAGCUGUGGCUGCACGUUGCACUCUGCAGCACUUGCGCACUCGUUUUACGCUCCGCUCACCUCUGCGCGUAGUAAAAGCCUCUCCACGCCGCCGCUCCGUCACCAGCAGCCGGACUGAGAGUCUGCCGGUGGACUGAGGGCCGUCGCCGAGACUCCACCGGCACCGAGACACCGAACACGGUACACCGAGCACCACCUCCCCCUCUUCCCUCCCUCCUCUGGCUGUUGUUGCGCUUCUGCUGCAGUGCCCAAGUUCAGGUGAGCCACAGUCUCCGGCACAACAAGUCCCCUUUCCGCUCGCUCCCUCCCGUUAGAUGGGAUGUUAUAAAUGGGCCGCGCAGGAUGUGAAGCCUCGCUAGAAGAAGCAGGAGGAUGGCAAAACCAGGCUCGUCUGCGGCGGUGCUGCUGCUCCUGCUGGACUUCCUCUCGGUGUCCUCCGUUAAUGCCGACACACUGCUGUCAGCUCCGCUCAAUGUGACCAUCAGAGAGCUUGAGGUCAACUCCGCCGUAGUCACGUGGGAAAUCUUGGAGGGGGACCCUGUCAUUGGAUUCGCCAUCACACAACAGAAGAAGGAUGUACGCAUGCUGAGGUUCAUCCAGGAGGUGAACACCACCACGCGCUCCUGUGCACUCUGGGAUCUGGAUGAAGACACCGAAUACAUCGUCCACGUUCAGAGCAUUAGCAUGGGAGGCAGCAGCCCCCCCAGUCAGCCUGUUCUUUUCAGAACGCCCAAAGAGUCUGAGAAGAUGGCGUCCAAGAGCCCAGAUGAGGUGAUGAUGGAGGAGUUUGGACAGGCUGCUCAGCUGAGGGCUGGAGAACUCAUCAUCAUCGUAGUGGUGCUCAUCAUGUGGGCAGGAGUGAUCGCACUGUUUUGUCGCCAGUAUGACAUUAUUAAAGACAAUGAACCCAACAACAACAAGGACAAAGCCAAGAACUCCUCAGAGUGCAGUACUCCUGAGCAUCCACAGGGGGGGCUACUGCGCAGUAAUGUUUAAGACCAGCCCUGCAACGCCUUCUGCAAUAACCAACUCCUUGAACCUCAGGACAGGUGAGGAACAGGAAAUCUUUACUGACUGUCAUUUACAGAAUGCUCCCAUCUCACGUAAUACUUCAUACAAAUACUUAGUUUCUGUUCUGUUUUUAUUUCUAUGUUUUUUCCUUGAUCUGUUACCCAUAAAUUUCCACA